CGCGCGGGGUGGGCGGGGGGGGGGAUGGAGCUCCGCGCGCUUCCGGGCUGGCCCUAGCAGUGACGUGUCGGCGGUCUGACAGCGCCGUUCGGCAGGUGGCGGCGGGGGCCGCGCGCGGGACGGGCACUUCCGGCAGUUUGGAAUAAGCAGAGUUUCAGAGCAACAGAUUCCAUCUAACCGAAACAAUGUUUGCAGACUUGGACUAUGAUAUUGAAGAAGAUAAACUUGGGAUACCCACUGUUCCUGGGACAGUAACCUUGAAGAAGGACUCUCAGAAUCUGAUUGGUAUCAGCAUUGGAGGAGGAGCACAGUACUGCCCCUGUCUCUAUAUUGUCCAGGUAUUUGAUAACACUCCAGCAGCCUUAGAUGGAACGGUAGCAGCUGGUGAUGAAAUCACAGGAGUGAAUGGGAAGUCUGUCAAAGGGAAGACCAAGGUGGAGGUGGCCAAGAUGAUACAGAUGGUAAAGGGAGAAGUGACGAUUCACUACAACAAGCUUCAGGCUGACCCAAAGCAGGGCAAGUCCUUGGAUAUUGUAUUGAAGAAAGUAAAGCACCGACUAGUAGAGAACAUGAGCUCAGGAACAGCAGAUGCCCUGGGGUUAAGCCGAGCCAUACUUUGCAAUGAUGGAUUGGUAAAGAGAUUGGAGGAACUGGAAAGGACUGCAGAGUUAUACAAAGGCUUGACAGAACACACCAAGAGUCUUCUUAGAGCUUUCUUUGAACUAUCCCAGACACACAGAGCAUUUGGAGAUGUUUUCUCUGUCAUUGGUGUACGAGAGCCACAACCAGCUGCUAGUGAAGCCUUUGUGAAAUUUGCUGAUGCCCAUCGCAACAUUGAGAAGUUUGGGAUUCGCCUUCUGAAAACAAUAAAACCGAUGCUGACUGAUUUGAACACCUAUCUGAAUAAAGCCAUUCCUGACACAAGGCUGACUAUCAAAAAAUACCUGGAUGUCAAGUUUGAAUAUUUGUCUUACUGCCUGAAAGUCAAAGAGAUGGAUGAUGAAGAAUACAGCUACAUUGCCUUGGGUGAACCCCUCUACAGGGUCAGCACUGGGAAUUAUGAAUACCGCCUUAUCCUACGUUGCCGCCAGGAGGCUCGCACACGCUUUGCCAAGAUGAGGAAGGAUGUGCUAGAGAAAAUCGAACUCCUGGACCAGAAACAUGUGCAGGACAUCGUGUUUCAGCUCCAGCGUUUUGUCUCCACGAUGUCCAAGUACUACGAUGACUGCUAUGUCGUGCUCCGAGACGCGGAUGUCUUUCCCAUUGAGGUGGACCUUGCCCGCACUACCCUCAGCUAUGGGCAGAAGGACGUGUAUGCAGAUGGGGCGGAAGAAGAAGAAGAAGGAGGAGGUGGUGGCGAGGGAGAGGGUAGCAGGAAAGAGGACACAAAUGGUGAAAAGCUCAUUGAUGAUGCCUGAAUGUGCCAGUAUGACUAGAGGAAAAAUCUUUGCAGACUGAUAUAAAAACAUGUAUUUCACAUGGCAAUUCAUCCUCUGUGACUUUCUGUGUAUGUCCAGCCUAGGAUUCCUCCUCUGCCUUGGGUAGGGGGAGCUGGUUGGAUUUGAACCAGCCUCUGCUUUUCUCUCUCUUCCCUUGUUUGUUUGCCUGGAUGUUUCUUUUUUCCCCCCACAGACUUCUGUUGCCUAACUUGGAUGCUGAGGUGUGGGGAGGAGAAUCUCCUAUCCCAUCGCCAUGUGACUCCGUGUACAGACAGGACACAGCUGAGUGUGCAGGAUGCACCACUCCCCUUCGGCAAGUGGAAGCCAAUUAAAAAAAAUCUGGAGAGAGACAGCUACGAAUGGCAAGAACAGCCCCCUCCUGGCCUCCCCUUGUGCUUUGGGAAAGUGUUAGCACCAGCAUUGUUUUCUUCACCACAUUGCUGACUGUCCUGGAGCUUCCCGUUCUCUGGCCUGUAUUAAUUUUCCUCAGUCUUGUCCAUCUGUCCCCAUGGGGGUCCAGGGCAGAUUCUUGUAGGAUGAUCACUCCCACCAGUCCCAGCUCACUGAACCACUGAUUUAAGAAAGAGGAGCAAGUCCAGACUGAUGGCUAGAACUAGUGGUUGCAAAUGUGAUCAAAUCCUCCUCCGAGGGGCUGGGGAGAACCUGUCAAAGUAGAGGUUGGUGGAAGUGGCUACCUGGCAUGCUGGGCUGUUGCAGUCCUAUUGCAAGGAUUUAGAAGUCCUUCCCUGUCCAGCUGUUUCCCUGGCUACCAUCCUCUUCAUAGUCCCUGAGCUCCUGCAUUGCUGCACUGUCUGCACACUGUGUAGGUAUACCCUAGAGCUAGAGUCCUCCAAGAUGUGGCUAUGCCCUCCCCUAUGGAAAGGAGGGAACUGGCUCAGGAAGGAGCCCUCCCAGUCAGCUGAGGCGCUUAGGCAAACAUGCACGUCUGAGGCAAACAAGUUCCUGAAAAUCACAGCAAAGCUGCGUAUGCUUCGUUUCCAUUAUUCUCCUCUCCUAUGGCUGCUUGCAGUGAAUGGUAACAAGAUGUGCUGCAGCUAGUCUUGCUCACUCUUUUCCUGAGGCAAGUGCCAAGAGGAACAGCCUUAGAACCACAAAGGAGAUGUUUUAGCCUUAAACUAAAGAGGAGAGACAGAAGCCUUGUGGAGAGAGGAAGACAUUGCCCAUGGGCACUUAGAGAUUUUGAGUACAAAGCACUGAAUAACAUACCACUCUCUGUUCUCCUUUCUACACAACCACUGAUGCUGCCUUAGGGCCAGACAGAACCAGUAACUAAUGUCCCAUCCAUCCCCCAGCACAAGGGAAAGAGGGAAAGGAAAACCAAAGUGAGUGAGGCUUUGUCUUUCCUUCCUUUUUUUUGCUCCCUCCAUCUUUGUGGGCUGAUCCCAGCUCCAGAUGGCAGCUUUCUCUUUUCGCAGGCAGCACAGCUGCCAGCAGUGGUGUACUUCGAGCCAAGGGUUUUGACUUCUCUGUCAUUACAUUCUAGUGGUAGUGAGAGAAGCUAUUUAAGGGCAUUAAUAUAUGAUUGAGAUAUUUGUUUUGUUUUGUUUUUUCUCUCUGAUUUGUUUCCAAAGUCUUGCCAUUGCUGUGGGUGCCUGGAAGAAAGUCAUCCAUAGUCUAGCUGCUCUGGAAGACUUAAAGAGAAUUUAAUGUACUGACUGUUGUCUCUAAUAAAGAAAAAUGUGACAUUUUG